CCAUGCUCCGUCCACACGAGAUCAGAGGCUGGAACAGUGGAUUUAGUUCGUUGUCCAAAAAUUGUCAAAAUAAUUCCGUCUAGUUCAGUUUACAAAUUAUAAUAUUUUAAUAAAAUGGCUUCCAAAUUCGGACCAGCGAUCCGUGAGUUGAGAAUUCAUCUGUGUCAAAAGUCUCCAGCAUCCAAGGGUGUCAGAGACUGGGUCGAAAAGCAAUAUGUUCCUUUGAAGAAAUCAAACCCUGGCUUCCCAAUUUUGAUACGGGAGUGCUCAAACGUGACCCCCAAAAUUUAUGCUAGAUAUGCAUUUGGUAAAGAAAAUAGCUUGGUCGUAACGAACAAAAGUGCGGAAGAAGUAGCAAUAGCCAUCCAAUCUUUGGCGAAGGCGUAAAAGGUACUAAUUAGAAUAGGUUUUAGAAGAUAAAUUGUUAGUAAAUACUUAAACGAGCUGAAACCUCGGUAAUAGUACAUGGGUUGAGAUAAUACCCAAUAGUGUGGUACAGCUAUACUAAAAUCAAACAAGGUAUGUACUGUGCGGAUGGAGCUUAGCUCGUGAAAACCCAGUUUUGCGCCUCAGUUCUCCUGUUAAGUGAGGCGCAACACUGGGUUUUUCACGAGCUAAGCUCCACCCGCACAGUACAUAUCUUGUUCAAUUUUAGUAUAGUCCAUCUUCAAUGAACUAAACUCAAAUAAACUGUAUAUAAAUAAAUAAACAACAUAUUAUCAUUA